CAAAAUCCCCUGUAGACAAGUGACUCCGACACCGACAUGUUCGCGGAUCGACAGCCCAAGUUGGUGCCGGGUCCUCGGUCACUUGAUCAAGGAGAGCACGCUACCUUUGCUGCGGCCCUGAUGAAGAGCCAAGGCAUGAAGCUUCAUCGAAGCACUGUUGUGGACGUUGCAUGCACCCAGCCAAGCGUGGAUGCAUAUUCCGGUGAUGUCCGCCUACGGCAGAGCGUCGAGUUGAAAUUUGGGGACUUUGUGGCGUAUUACCAAGCCAAGCAAGGAGGAUCCUUCCACUGGCUCAUGGAAGCAGAAAGCGACUUGCAAUUCUACUUGGCUCAAUGCCCACUCUAUUCAACCUCGGCGGAUGUCCCUGCCGUUCUUCCCAAUCUGCUACCUUGUUGUGCUGCGCUAAAACCACCCGUUCUGGACACGGUCGAUGUGACCCAAAUCAACUUGUGGAUGACGGUGGCGCCGAGUGACACGAGUGUCCACUACGAUGCGUACGAGAAUAUCCUCCACGUUGUCGAAGGAUCGAAGCGUGUGCGGUUGUACCCGCCGUCGGCCACGCCUGCGAUUCAACCCCAUGCGAUCUACUCCAAGUCGUCCAACCACACGAUUCUGACGCUCGAGGAAUCCAAGGCGUUGCCGGACUUUGUCGAAUUCAACGUGGACGCCAACACGGCCUUGUACAUUCCUGAGGGAUGGUGGCAUCAAGUUCACUCGGCUUCGUUCACGGUGGCCGUCAAUUAUUGGUUUGAUGGCAUGCGAUCUCGAUUACUGGCCCAGCCCACGAUGGUUCCGUACUACGCUCGAGUUGUCGUGGAAGAUCUCGUCCGGUCAGCGCGGUUGGAUGCGAUGAAGGAUGCAGUCGACCAAAGUCGGCAUCGGCUUUUGCAAGUACUGUACCCGUUACGACAUGUGCAUGCGAGGUCGUCUAACGCAUGAUUCCAAGCGAAACCUGUUGGCACAAGAUCCGUACGACUCAUUCCUACUCGACGUUUCUUUUCACGGCGCGGGAUUGCGACUAGGACGCUAGAUGCGCUUGAAACCCUCGUUGUGAAUACGUCGGACCCGUCCGUUCGGGAGGAUGCGCUUCUGUCUGCGCCACCCGCACUUCUGUACCCGUUGGUUCUACGAAUCAGCGAACAUCAGCCAUCCGUGUGGUUUACACUGUUGGAAGGCUCGAGUUUGGAGCUUGUGGAAUUCCUCACCGACGCUUGGGACGACCACGAUGAGCUGAGUCGCAGUACAGGCGACAUGGCCCCCGAAACGUAUUUCACCGCAAUUUUUUCACACUGUCCCUUUGACGUUCAAGACAUGCUCUUGACGAAAAGAGACUUGUUUGGGAGGCAGUGUGCCCAGAACAUUAUGGCGUCCAUGUUUGGGCUGAGAUAAGAUCGAACUUUUCAUGGCGUU